CCGUUUUUGUUUCUAAGGAGGCGGGACGCUUGAAAACAACAAUCGGUGUAACAAAUAAGUUCCCGUUUUAAUCGUAAAACACAUUUUCCCGACGUGGGAUAUUUUAAAGUUUGACGUCUCACACAAAUUAUCACCUUGUCGUUAUUUUCUUGUCGAAAGUCAUCUAGUUUAACCUGAAAUAACCGAAUUUGCUUUGUCCAGCUGUCAUCGCUUAGCGACUAGCGUCUUAUCCGUUAAUUCUUCCUUGAGCUUCUGAUCUUCUCUACUGACAGCUGCCUGCUAUUAGCCCGCGUUUAACAGUAACGUCGAGGAACGGUCUUAGCCGGUAACGUUAGGACGGUUGGGCUGGAGCAGUGUCGAGAUGCCCCCUAAGACCAAAAACGCCACGGCAAACAUCUCCAGCUCCAUUGAGUCCGAGGACAUCAGUCUGGAGACAACAGUCCCCACAGAGGACAUAUCGUCUUCAGAUGAGAAAGACGGAGCCGGGAAGGUCACAAAACAGCUCCUGGAAAGAAAAGAGCUGCUCCAUAACCUUCAAAAACUGAAGAUAGAGCUGUCACAGAAAAAUCUGCUCAUAGACAACCUCAAAGUGGACCAUCUUACCAAGAUAGAGGAGCUGGAGGAAAGGCUGAACGAUGCUCUCCAUCAGAAACAGGUGCUGGCUCUGCGUCUGGACAGCCAGCUCAAACUACAGCAGGACGAAAACAGGAAGCAGCAAGCCUUGAGGAAGCAGGAGAUGGACACCAUCAUGCUCAGACAGAAGCAGCUGGAGGAGACAAACCGUCAGCUGUGUGAUCGAGCAGGUGAUCUCCGCAGGAGCUUGAGGGACCUGGAGCUGUCUGAGGAGAGGUACGCUGAGCUGAAGGAGCUGCCCGAGGACAAACUCACCAUCUCCGAAUAUGUGGCAAUUCAGUUCUACGAGAUUGUGAACCCUCUGAGGGCUCUCGUGACCGAGCUGCAGAUGAAAAAGUCUAACCUGAAUGAGGAUCUGGACAGUCAUCGUAAUCAAGUUAGAUCACUAAUGGAGAGCUAUGAGGAUGAGAGGAGAGCGCGCUCAGAGCUGGAGAUACGCUGUCAGAGAGUCACGCUGGAACUUGCUGACACCAAGCAGCUUAUUCAGGAAGGAGACUACAAACGAGAGAACUAUGAUAAAAUCAAACGAGAGAGAGAUGGGUAUGAAACAGAGGUUAGAGAGUUGAGGAAGAAGCUGGAAAUGCUGGACCUUACACACACUGCCCUGACCAAAGAGAGGAAUGACCUAAAUAAAGAGGUAGCCACUCUGCAGCAGUCUGUAACAUUGAUGCAGAAGGACAAAGAAUAUUUAAACAAGCAGAACAUGGAGCUCAACGUGCGCUGUGCUCAUCAAGAGGACCGUCUGGACAGACUGCAGACCCAGCUUGAAGACACAAAGAAAGCCAGGGAAGAUGCCUAUGAGAAAUAUGUUGCUUCUAGAGAUCACUAUAAGACAGAGUAUGAGAACAAACUGCGGGACGAACUGGAGCGCAUUAGAAUGAAGACCAGUCAUGAAAUCGAGGGCCUGCAGAGGGCAUCAAAAGAGAUGUAUGAAAGAGAGAACAGAAACCUUCGCGAAACCCGAGAUAAUGCUGUCAUUGAGAAAGACAGAGCACUCAAUGCAGAGAGAGAUGCCCAAACCAAAUAUGAUCAACUCUUAAACCAGUUCAGGCAGUUGCAGCUGAGUUCAGACAGCAGGGUCGCAGAAGUGCUUAACCAGGUGAAACUGAAAAAGUUUGAGUUGGAGCGUUCCCAAAUGGUCCAGGAGGAAACGGCCAGGAACCUCAGCCUUUGUCAAAUUGAGUGUGAGAAACACCAGAAAAAACUGGAGGUUCUAACAAAAGAGUUUUAUGGGCUACAGACAUCAUCAGAGAAACACAUCACUGAACUGCAAGCCCACAAUUCUGAACAGCAAGCGCGGCUGGAGACAUACGAGCGAUUGGAAAAGGAGCUGGAUGAUGUUACAAUGCAGGCUGCAGAGAUGGAAAAUGAAGAUGAGGCAGAGAGGGUGCUGUUUUCAUAUGGUUAUGGUGCAAACAUUCCAACAACUGCCAAGAGAAGACUGAAGCAAAGUGUUCACUUGGCACGCAGGGUUCUGCAGCUGGAGAAACAGAACACACUGCUUAGGAGAGACCUGGAAAGACAGACGGCACACAGCAGUCAGAUCUCUGAAGAGUUGGAGGCGGCAAACCAGCUUCUUCAACAGGCCCAGCAACCACACAGCUACCUGAUUGAGACCGUGCGACAGAGAGACACCCAGAUCCAAACGCUGAAAGAACGUCUCACGCGAUUAGAAGAGGAAGUAAGUUCACUACGGAAAGAGAAGAUUACACUGCUGCAGGUGAAAAACAACAUGGCAGCAGAUUUGGAGAGACUCCUGAACCACAGAGAGGAACUUUCUGUGAUGAAGCAAGUCUUGAUUAGCAUGCGCUCACAGCAGCACGGUGGGUCUCUGUCCCAGCCCGAGCUUGAGACAGCAGUUCACAGACCCAAAGCUUUAAAAGGCACAGACGAGGAGCCACACAACUAUGGUCCCAAACCCACAGUGUUUACCAAUAAAGAAGUUCCAGAAUGGUACAGAAAAGUCAAACGGAAAACUAAAUAAAGACUUGUCCAACUUGUUUAAGGCUUAUAGGAUGCUCCAUGACAUGCAAUCACGGAUGAAGAUCUGUUUUAAAAGACCUAUUACGUAACUAGUUACACAGGUUUGAUGUGUACCCAUAAAGAAUGUGAACCUCAAACUAUGAAUUUUCCUUUUAAUGGCAAUAAAUCAUUCAAACAGGCGUGUGAGAUUGUUUUUUAAAGCAGGCCUGUUGCAAAUUGACACGUCGCUUUAUAGUAUCGGGAUAUAAGCAUUUUUUAACUUCACCCUUGAGAUACAUCUCGAUGUCUGAAUGUAUCAUUUGAUGGUAAUGAGAUCUGGAUCCUUCCGUUUUAAUUCGUUAGACGCGAGACACGCUGUUGAUAAAAAUAGGCGAGCGCGCGCGUGCCUUGAUCGCCGCCGCGUCGCGCGCUUAUUUGUGUCGUCUUAAUGUUACGCGCGCGCCCCGGGCUCGCGUGUCCGACAAGAACAGCGACAUUGAUAUCGAUUCAUUUCAUUGAUUCACUAGAUACGCCUGGUGUGGAUGUUUUUAUUUGCCGUGUUGUGUUACUAUUAAAUGUGGAAUUAGGGUAAAUGGCUAGAAAUAUAUAAUAGCUGGGGUAAACGCAGAAGUGUUGACAGACGCGUGUUUAAAACUGGAUAGCGCUUUACCCAUUUAUUAGGUAAGAGAUUUGAGGAUACCGUUCUUUAACGGUUCCGUGGACGAUUAUUUUAGUGCUUUCGAUAAAAAUUUGGGAGGGGAAAAAUAACUGUAGCCGGUGGCAGGAUGAUGAGAUCUUAGAUAUGAUUUCAGAUAAACAAAACGCAAAUAAUAACAAUUAUAGCCUAAGAGUAAAAUUAAUAGGAUACUGCAAAACAUGUAGCCUAAUAUUUAUGCUACAGACAGAAUAUGGAUGUAGGCCUAUUGUUACAAACAGCCUACCAAACAAAUGUAGCUCUGAAUGUGAAACGUGCCUUAAUAAUAAAAGGAAACGCCACUUAUUACACAAUUCUCGUAAUGUGUAUCCUAUCACGUCAAGUAGCUAACAACAUAACAGUAUUUUCGUUUUGUGAGUGACUAACAGAUGCAUUAAUCCAGUAAGAGAUCCGUAAGUGUCACUGAUUCAUUAAAAGAGUAGCGAAUCGGACAUCCCUCGCCACGCUGUGGGUUUGAUUCAUUUAAAGGAGCCGACUCGCAAGAAUCGUUCGUUCGUGUAUCCGACUUCCCUUAAAACUUAAAAUCUGUUUUAACGAUUUGUCAUUGGCUAU